AAAAAUAACGUAAAGCUGCAUUAUUUUCCGUAACUGCAGAUUGAUAAUGAAACGAGUAGUGCCAUAUUACAAAAUACGACCACCACCUUGACUUGGAUUCAAGUGUUUACACUACGCAACUUUAAACAAAUUUUCAAAAUUUCACUCAAAGCCUACAUUCAUCAACCGGGCCAAACAACCCAACCCGCUUCUAUUCGAAACAGUGUAUAACGCUAACGCACCAUUUGUGCCAUGUGUGCAAACAUAAUCUGAUAGCUGCCAAAGCAACAGUAAAAAAAACGCUUGAGCUUUUUGGUAUCUCUGCUUCCAUUAUUCCACAAUUAAAAUCCAACUCAAAAGUUAGUCAGUCGCAGUUGAAAUGAUUGAGAAGUUCGUGAUAUUGUUAUUGCCACUAUUCGCUCCGUCAAUGUCCGAGUUCGAGACCGAGCCCGAGUUUGAAUUCGAAUCCGUUUCGGUGCAGUCGUCGACAGCAUUGGAAUCAACAUCAACAUUGCCAUUGAGGGAUCCAGAAUGGGCACGGACAGUACGUGUUUUCUCUUACUUACAAGCUGCUGUUCUUAAUGACCACCUUGCCGACGCCGUUUUUCGUAACGACAUCGUUUUCCAUUGCAAAGCAGCAACUGCAACCAACACCGACAACAGUAUUUUCCCAAUCCACCCCGGAGACAUCGAUGGAUUUAAAAGACUCGACAUAGGUUACAGACUGGGACUGUUCCUGCACGGCUGGGAGAGUCGUUCCCAGGACAACAUCUGGAUGCUGGAUAUAUUGAAAACCUGGUCGAAGCGGGAGAACAUCAACGUUUGCAUCGUAGAUUGGGGAGGCCUCUCGAAGGCGGACUACAUGAAAGUAGCGUCGAACAUUUUCGAUGUCGGCUUAACUGUGGCGUCCGUAAUCGAAUCACUGGAGAGGACCAAACUCUUCGACCGCAGCAAUAUUACUUUGACUGGAUACAGCUUGGGCGCCCAUGCUGCUGGGUUCGCUGGACAACGGCUGGGGGGCCAAGUUGACCAUAUAAUUGGAUUGGAUCCGGCUGGACCCAUGUUCACGGUUCCGGCCGAUGUCGGUUCCAAAUAUCGCCUGGACGAGAGCGAUGGCCGGUUUGUACAGGUCAUUCAUACAACGGGCGGAGUGCUGGGGGUGAUGGCCAAAUCCGGACAUGCAGACUUUUACCCAAAUGGAGGAGUGUCACCGCAAACUAAUUGUGCUUUUCCUUUUCGGGAAUCGACUUCAAGUCGGGUUGUUUGCAGCCAUUAUACAGCAGUCAAAUAUUUUACGUACUCAAUGGACAAGGAUUUAUCCUAUGUGGGAUAUCAGUGCAACAACUAUGGGAUGUUCCUUUUCGGGAAGUGUCGUUCCAAUGCAAAGGGUAUCUUUGGCAUACACACCAAGCGAUUGUCCGGAAGGUUCUAUUUUAGAACAAAUAAGGAUGCACCAUACGUUGAAAGGUUAAAGAUUUGAAGACUUUUAGAAAUCCUAGCAAAAAUCUACGAUAGGAUUAGAAUUUUAAAUAAUGAUUAAGAAAGUUAUGUUUUG